AUGGCACCGCUCAACAGCAUGGAUUUGCUCGCCUUGGCAAAGCGCUUCCCCGGAACAGCUACGACACGCACUUCACCACCGACAAGAGAGAGCAUGACUACCGAAGGUGGUUUUCUCGAGGCAUGGACUCAAGGAUACAACGUUGGAAGCUUGAUUAUCCUCAUUUUGAUCGUUUUCUGCAACUACCGCUCUGGCAUAUGGCUUCAUAAGCUUAUUCUACUUGAGCUUGUUCUUGCCAUCUGGCACGGCACAUUCAUCUUCGUUGAAGACCCGGAUUAUGGCUGGUUCCUCAGCGCCACUGCGAGCCUACUUUUUAUAUCAUACUUUCUCCACAACAUCGUCGCAUGGCUCAAGAUCCGACCCUUCUUACCGCUCUGGGGGUCUCGCUUCUUCAUCAUAUCACUACUUUGCGUUCAACCGUUCUGGAUAGCAGAGGCAUGGUCGAAUUUUGCUUACUUCAACCAAUUCGAAUACGGCUCCGACGUCAACCUUCGUAUGAGACCUUGGGAGGCUCUGGCCCGUGAUCCGUGGUGGAUAUUCACUACCUGGCGGCUCAUGCACGCUAUCAAGAAGACUUACGCUUUCAAUCUUUGGACCCUUGUCGGAAUAAACAGGAGAUUCGGCGUCAUGCUGGCGUGCAUGAUCUUGUCGAUAGUGUUCCUGCUAACCGACGUUGCUGUCAGCGCCGCGAAGGUGACAGCCAGCAGCGGUAUCAACCCGUAUUGGCGAUUUGCGCUUGUGUUCAAGUGCGCAUCGGAUACCAUCUUCCUCGACGACUUCAAGUCCGUCCUAGAUGAUAUUGUCGCACGCAAAUUCAGCUCCGUCGGGGACACCGGGCGUCGCGGUUCCAUACCAGGAAGUGGCCCUCAGAAGCGCUCGCGCUCAACCUCCCGUAACGAUGAGUUCAUUGAGUGCAGCACUCUCGAACGGCCUGACAAUUCGCCAUCAUAUAGCAAUCCGUCAACGAUGACCAUGCGGCCGAAAUUCCGCUCUCCGUUCUCGAAGUUCCACACAGCAUCGGAAGUCCCGACCAUCCACGUACAGCAGGCUGAGUCUGAGCCGGCAAGAAACCCCAGUCAAGACAGUUGGGACAGCCAAGGUCCCGUUCCACCUAGACCAGCGCACACGGUAUAUCGCAACCCGGAGUUGAGUGUGAACGAAAGCGAUGGGAGCCUGCUGAUCGGCAGGCUCGUCUGA